CGCCGAAUGGGGUGACGCGAUUUCUCGCAGAGCCGCACCAUGUCGCGUCUAACGGAGGGGAGGUGGAGUGCAGCGGUGCGGCGCGUGCGGAUAUAAAGAAAUCGCGUCUGUCGCAGGCCCUGACGCGUGAAGGAUCGGUCGACGACUGAAACGGAGCGACGGAAACGAAACGGUCGACUCGCGGGCGCUAGAUCCUGACCCCAAGCAACGCCCUCCCGUUGACAACAUCAUCGACGACGACGCGCGAGGAAGGUCGCGCCGCUCCGCCAUGAUGGACCCUGCCAACCCCGCCAGCGCAUCGCUCGCCGCCAUCCUCGAAAAUUCCGUAACACGCCCUCAGCUGGGCGAAUGGCUGGAGUCUCCCACCAGGGAUAUUGCCGCCCGCCUCGUGCACUUCGCUUCUUCUCCUGACGGCCCGGGGCCGGCUUCCUACAGCGCGAGCCCGCCGUAUUCGCGGUCGGUUCAGUCCGUUCGGUCGAGUUCCUCCAUGGCUCCCGCCUACAUACAUCAGUCAAAUGCCUCUACCCACCCGCCGUCGCUCCACCACUCCGAAGCCACGCCCACCGAGACGUCCAUCAGCACCGGCCUCGCCAGCCGCUUCUCCGGCGUCCCACUGCUCGAGGAGGUCAAUGGCGUGCUCGAACGACGCCCGAACCAGUACAGAGCCCCCGUGUACGAAUGCGCCUUCUGGUUCCUGAGCUGCACCUAUAUAUCGCGCGACGAGGAGGAGUGGAAGACCCACUGCCUCAGUCAUUUCCGCGGCGAGGAACCGCCCAGAUCGGUGCAAUGCCCGCUGUGCGAGUUCCACACCACGUGUGACGACGGAUGGACUGCGUGGAACGUGAGAAUGGAUCAUAUCGCGUAUUGGCACACCAUGGUCGGCGAGACACUCAAGACGAGCCGGCCCGACUUCCAUCUCUUCCAGCACCUCUGGCAGAAACGGCUUAUCGACGAGCAGGACCUGAAGGAGCUGAAGGGAGGAAACCAUAACCUGACGCGACCGCCGACCAACUAUACCGUUACGAAUGGCCGCCGUGAACGAGAUGGGCGGCGCCAGAGGAGCCAGCACGUCGGAGGUAGGCGGGGCUGGUGAACAUGUACUCACCUCGAUGUCUCCCACUGAAACACCGGGAGCGGUACAUGACCUCCCAUAUGCGGCCCUGCGGCGAUGGCACGAUGUUGCAUUCUUCCCCUCGCUGACCGGUGAACCGAAAUCGGCCUCCCCACUCCUUCAUGCCGGCUGGCUUCCUGCAUGCAAUACGACGCCGCCCUAUCCGCUUCUAUAACGUGGCCAUUGCACUUCCCUCCCCUUCUCCGACUGCAUGUUUCCCUGCACC